AAAAAUUUUUUAAUUUUCAAACAGAAAAGUUGACUAUCUGUCAAUUAUAAGUAUAUAUCAUUUGCACAUUUGUACAUCGCAACCCCGCAGGCGUAGUUGCCCGUUAUAGAUGAAUAUCCCCACUCCCCUCUCCUCAUCUUUCUUAUUUCAUUUGUAUCUGCUGAUUACUCUUUCUAUAGCAUUCGCCACAGAGGCAGCGUUCAUAUCGGUAGACGCUUUAUCGCUGUCUAGCAAAAUGGAAUCUUAUCGAAUUAUCAAUUUCAUUUCAAACGCUGACUAAUCAUUUAAAUACAUACGCACUUACCUUUACCUCGAUUAAAUUUAUUUUAUAUCUAACUUUGGUAUUGUGCAUUCGCUAGAACGUGAUAAGGAUAAUUUAUCCUUACCAUUUUUGGAUCAUUUGUAUUAUCAACAGUUUUACUUUGCUUUCGUGAUUUGUCAGAUAAAAGAUAAUGUUUUAUACUGUAACUCAGGAUAUAAUCCUGAGGUAAGAAAUUUGUGACUUGAUUUUUUAACAAAGCUAUUUUAUUUUUCUGUGAAUAAAAAAACUGUAUCUUAGCUGAUUAUACAAUAAUUUCAAGAUAUUAAAGCCAGCAGUAUUAUUGGAAAAAAUAAAAAGAUGAAAAAAUAGAUCAAAUUCAUCUAAUCCCAAAACAUGGCAAACACUUUGGAUUCAGUUUGUGAGAAGAAAUCUACUCGUUUCCUGCAAGUUCCUUUGAAAUCAACUGAACAAAUUUAUCUUGUUUUUCUAAUUCCAACAUUGAUCUCGUGUAUUGUAUAUGUAAUUCAUUUCUCUGCGGACUUAGUGGUUGCUAUACAACAUUUUAAGGAAAAUAAUCCUGUAUGGGGAUGUUGUACAAUUGCUUUCAUGUAUGCACCAGCAAUUGCAUACUUUAUGUUAACUGUUUCAAGACCAGAUUGGUGGAUGACUGAUAAUGAUAAAUUAACAAAAGGCAUAGUUGUUUGGUUUUGUCUACAAUUUUGUCAGCUGAUUGGAUUUGUUUUCUUUUCUCUUUAUAGGUAUGCAGGUCUCAUAGUAUUAUGCAUAGAUGCUAUUAUUUUAACUGGAAAAGAGAGAACAAAGACUCUAAAUAUAGCAGCUGCUCCUGCAGCUAUAGAAUUAUAUUUUUUUUUACAAGCAUGGUUUCAAGCUGCUCCUCAAGCUAUUUUUCAAAUACAUUUACUUUUUCGCGAAGGAUCUUCCCACCAAAGCCAUCAAUCAGUGGUUAUAAAGGCAAUUUCUAUUCUGAUGUCUAUUGUGAUACUUGCUAUUCAAACUACCUCUUUUCAAAGAUUUGAAAGUCAACGUAUUAAUGGAAGGACAUUACCAUGGGCAAUGUGGCUGAAAAAAUAUUGCAUUCAGGAAUUCUGUGAUCUCGAAGAAAGGACUCCCUUAAAAUCAUGUAAUGUAAAAGGAGAAAAUGCUGUACAUGCAAAUGAAGCAGUACAAGAUUCAGCAGAUCAAAAGGAAUCUACUAAAGUUCAAAAUGAAGAAAGGGAACAGUCAAUUUCCCAUAUUCCUUUAGACCGUCAAGUAUCUGUGACUCCUCCUUUACCGCCAAAAAAUGUACAAAUUAUACCACCCCCAACUCCUCUACGUGGGAUUACAUCAGUUGCACCUUUACCUAUACCGGAUGUACCAGCUCCACCACGACCGGACUCUAUUUGUACAAUUACGGAACAUCAGGAAUCUGAAGCAUUUAUUAAAUCACAGUCUGUUACGGAAAUAAAUCAAAAUAGUGAUAGCAAACAAAAUUUAAGAAUUCCACAACGAAGAUAUUCAAAGAAAGGUUUAGAAGAAGAUGAUCCUGUUGGAAAAUUUUUAUGCUUCCUAUGGUGGUUUUUUUUCAUUUUAGCACGUGUACUUGCUAUUGCUGUAUGUUAUGAAUUUUAUCCACUUUAUUUAGUUAUUGUUCUUGGUGUACAUUAUGGUAUAAUGUUGAUAUAUCUAUUUUAUUAUGUAAAAUAUUAUGACAUUAUUACUUUCUUUGUUAAUUUAUGGCUGGGAUUAGUUUAUAUAAUUAGUUUAAUUGAAUAUAGGAUCAAAUUUAAAUAUGCAGACAGAUGGGUGUUACCAUACUAUGUUUUUGUAUUAGCACAAAACACGCUUCUAACAUUAGGUUGGUAUUUCUAUGCAGAUUGGGAUGGAUUUUGGUAUACUUAUAUAUUUUAUGUAAUUCUCGGAAGUAUGUCGUUAUGUGUUUUAUCAACGCUAUUUUAUUGUACUUUACUUAAACCAAAGAAGCAUAGGGUAUAUACCAGUUGACAAAUGCAUAAAAUUGUUUCAUGGAAAUAAUUUCAUUAAGUCGUGAUUAUACAAAUGCUUUAAUCUGUUUGUACGUGUUGUACUGAUACUAUUUUAUCUUAUAUUUAUAUGAGUUGUUUUUAUUUUCAUUUUAUAUAAAAAGUAGAUGUAUGAGACAAAUAUUACAUGGUAAUAAGACUAGUUGUUACUCUUAUUACAUAGUAAUAAGAAAUAGAGUAACUUGUAUAAUUACAAAUUUUAUGUGUAAAAUGAAACUUUAAGGACUGAUAUUAAUUAUUAAAUAAUAUUAAAAAUGUAUUUUUCAUACAAUGUUAUACAUUACAGGUAGCUAUUUGUAUUAAAUAUUUAUAGAAAAUGUUUCAAACAUUAACUAUACUCGGCAGCAUCUUUCGUUAUUUAUAAAUUUUAUACUUACAUAAUAUUUACAGUACUAUAUACACAUAAUACAAGAUGUUACCGACCUUAUAAUACAAUUUAAUAGAAGGUGAAUAAAUGAAUCACAAAUGUAGAAUAAUAUUAUUUUACAUCUGGCUU